UUCAUAUUUAUCAUGUAGAUUAAAGUUCUAAGUUCAUCUUAUGUUGUAAUUAUAUUAUCAGUUUGUUGUAAACACUUCUUAUUUUAUAUCAUAAAUAUCGCUGUAUUUGAUUUACACGAUGGCUGCAAGAUUGAAUUCAUUGUUUAAAACAGAUUUCACAAAUUACAUAAAACGUUUAAACAGCGUUCAAAUACGUUGCUUAAAUUUGCAAGAAUAUCAAAGUAAAACUCUACUUCAAAAAAGUGGCGUUGCCGUUCAAGCCUUUAGAUUAUUAGAUAACACCGAAAACACAAGUGUCUUAAAUGAUUUCAAAGUCCCCGAAUAUGUUAUCAAGGCCCAAGUUUUAGCAGGAGGUAGAGGCAAAGGCCAUUUUGAUAAUGGCUUUAAAGGUGGUGUUCAUAUAACAAAGGACCCUAAAGAAAUAUUGCCAAUUGCUAAAAAUAUGAUGGGUCACAGACUUAUUACAAAACAAACAAAAGCUGAAGGUAUACUUGUACAAAAAGUUAUGGUUGCACAAAGCGUUGACAUUUGUCGGGAAACAUAUUUAUGUAUCAUCAUGGACAGAGCUCAUAAUGGUCCUGUUAUCAUAGCUUCUCCUGAAGGAGGUAUGGAUAUUGAAGCUGUUGCCGAAAAGACUCCAGAUUUAGUUAAAACAUAUCCAAUUGACAUAAUUGAAGGUUUAAAACCUGAAAUAGCAUUAGAGGUUGCUGAGUUCCUUAACUUCAAAGGAGACUUGAAAACUAAAGCACAGCAAGAAAUUUUAAAGCUUUGGAACAUGUUUAAACAGAUAGAUGCAGUACAACUUGAAGUAAAUCCUUUAGCAGAGACUACAGACGGUAAAGUUAUAACAGUUGAUGCCAAAAUAAACUUUGAUGAUAAUGCUGAGUUUAGACAGAAAGAAAUUUUCCAAAUGGGUGAUGAUUCAGAAGAUGACCCUAGAGAAGUAGAGGCUGCCAAGUAUAAUUUGAACUAUAUUGGAAUGGAUGGUAAUAUUGGUUGUUUGGUUAAUGGAGCAGGUUUGGCUAUGGCUACUAUGGAUAUAAUUAAAUUAAACGGAGGGGAGCCUGCCAACUUUUUAGAUGUAGGCGGUGGUGUGAAUGAAAAUCAAGUUGUAAACGCAUUUAAAAUUUUAAUGUCUGAUACAAAAGUUGAGGCCAUCCUGGUUAAUGUUUUUGGUGGUAUUGUUAAUUGUGUAACAAUAGCUAAUGGCAUUGUUAACGCUUUAAAAAAGAUAGAAUUGAACAUGCCAUUAGUUGUGAGACUUGAGGGUACAAAUGUAGAAGCGGCUAAAGACAUAAUUAAAAAUUCAGGUCUUCCAAUAAUAUCUGCAGUUGAUUUAGAUGAUGCUGCCGCUCAGGCUAUUGCAGCUGUGGCAAAGAACAAAUAGAUACUAUUUAGUGUUAAGAAUAUUUUGAUAUUGCAUAUAUAAGU